AUGGCUCCUCUUUUCUUCUCCUUGCCAUUGAUGAUGCUUUCCAUUUCUAUCUUUUCAAUCUCCGCUCUUCCUCACUUUCUCAGUAAUCAGCACCAACAACAGCAAUUGCUCUUGCGAUUCAAAGAUGCCCUUUCCAACAAUAGCACUACUUCUUUGCUAGAUUGGACUCCCCAUCUACCCCUCUGCAAGUGGGCUGGUCUUACCUGCGAUCCCUCGUCUUACUCUCUCCUUGCCCUGAAUUUAUCAUAUAUGAAUUUAAAGGGCACUAUCUCUCCAGUCCUAGGGAAUCUCUCCUCUCUUCGAUCGCUCGAUCUAUCCAACAAUGCCCUCACUGGUCACAUUCCACCUCAACUAGGCCAGCUAUCCUCUCUUCGAUACCUAGAUCUCUGCAACAAUGUCCUGACUGGUCACAUUCCACCUGAACUCGGCCAACUUUCCCGUAUGCACAAACUCAGGCUGAGCAACAAUCAAUUACAUGGAACGAUUCCCCCGUCUCUCUUCACUUGCCGCAAUUUGUAUUACCUGACACUCUCUUAUAACCAACUGCAUGGCAGCAUUCCGCCUGAGCUGAGUCGCCUUGCAAGCCUGAAGUAUCUUUAUUUAGGAAUAAACAAUCUCACAGGUACCAUUCCACGUUCUUUAGGGAAUCUGUCCGCCUUAGUUGAAUUGGGGUUGCCAGAAAAUAAUAUUGCUGGUACUAUUCCCCCUGAAUUGGGCAUGCUCACUCACCUGCAGGUUCUUUAUCUUUAUAAGAAUAAUUUAUCAGGCACCAUUCCCCCGUCUUUAGGAAAUCUCUCAAAAUUGACAGAUUUAGAAUUGUCCGAAAAUUAUCUCAGAGGAACCAUUCCCCCUGAGUUGGGCAUGCUCACUCACCUGCAGUUUCUUUACCUUAAUACAAAUAAAAUAUCAGGCACCAUUCCCAGCUCGUUAGGAAAUCUCUUAAAAUUGACUGAUUUAUCCUUAUCACAGAAUGAUCUCAAAAGUAGCAUUCCCCCUGAAUUAGGCAUGCUCACUCAGCUUCAAUGUUUUUAUCUUUCCGCGAAUAACUUAUCAGGAACCAUCCCCAGCUCUUUAGGAAACCUCUCCAAAUUGACUAUUUUAGACUUGGCAGCAAACCAUCUCCAAGGCCCCAUUCCUCCUGAAUUGGGCAAGCUUACUGAGCUUCUGUUGCUUCACCUUUUUAUGAAUAACUUAUCAGGCAGAAUUCCCUCCUCGUUAUCAAAUCUCUCAAAGUUGAAUGAUUUAGAUUUAUCAGUAAACAAUCUUAGUGGACAUAUUCCAUUGAAAUUUGGUACGAAGCUCUCCAAUUUGUAUGCCCUUGUUUUAUUUCGAAAUCAACUGAGCGGAAAAAUACCAAAUUCUCUUGGUGGCCUCCGGCAACUAAGAUAUCUUUAUCUUCACAACAACAAAUUAACAGGGGAGGUCCCAGUUAGUUUGGAGGCAUGUCCGAUGUUGGAGAAGCUUUACUUAUCUUACAAUAAUCUAUGGGGAAGGAUACCUCGUUAG